AUGUCCUGGUACAACAUCAGUGACUCCCUUUAGGGACCGUGCAGGAGGAUGCAAUCAGCCUUGUAGGAACAUUUAAAUUUUUGUAAAACUUCCCUGUGCAGGUGAUGCUUCUAUAAGGAAGAAAGUUUGAAGACAUUUUCAAAAAUGGCCGAUCAAGGCAGCGUGGAGAAAUAUCUGGAGAACAACCCGCAGUUUGCGAAAGAGUAUUUUGAUAAGAAACUGCGGGCGGAAGCCUUGUCCGCCGCUUUCUCGACCACAAUACCGGCGACAGACAUUGCCUCCAUUAAGGAUGUCAACUUGUUACUGGAGUCGGCUAUCAUCUUCGAGUUGGUCCAGGAGAUGCAAAAGCAAGGUCCGUUGGAGGAGUCCCUCCAUAAGGUGCUGCAGAGGUUGGCGCUCAUUCUGCAAGCCGACCGGGUCAGCUUUUACCUGUGCCGCUCCAGGAACGGGACGCCCGAGCUCGCCACUUGUCUCUUCGACGUGACGCCGACAUCGAAAUACGACGCCAACCUGGUCCACCCUCAGACUGAGAUUGUGUUCCCCAUCGAUAUGGGUAUUGUCGGAUUCACCGCACAGUCCAAAAAACCCCAAAACAUUCCUGAUGUCACUCAGAAUAAAAAGUUCUGCGACUUUGUGGACAAGCAGACAGGCUACACGACCAAAUGCAUGCUCACGUUCCCUCUAGUGGCCGACAAAGAGUGCCUUGGGGUUGUCAUGGCGCUCAACAAGAUCGGAGCGCCUCACUUCACUCCGGAGGAUGAAGCGCUCUUCCACAAGUAUAUGACCUUUGCUCAAGUCAUCGCACUGCAGUUUCACACCAACUACAUGUUCAAUGUGGAGUCCAGGAGGAGUCAGGUUCUGCUUUGGUCGGCCAGCAAAGUUUUCGAAGAAUUGACGGACAUCGAGAGGCAGUUCCACAAAGCGCUCUACACCGUGAGGACCUACCUUCUAUGCGAAAGAUACUCAGUUGGUCUCUUGGAUAUGACCAAAGAGAAGGAAUUCUACGAUGAAUGGCCGGUGAAACUUGGAGACGUAGAACCAUAUAAAGGACCAAAAACUCCAGAUGGAAGGGAAAUCAACUUUUAUAAGAUAAUCGAUUACCUCCUGGAGGGCAAAGAGGAAAUUAAAGUCAUACCUGGUCCUCCGGCAGAUCAUUGGGCUCUGGUUAGCGGACUACCGACCUACGUAGCUGAGAACGGAUUUAUCUGCAACAUGAUGAACGUGGCUGCAGAUGAUUUCUUCACUUUCCAGAAAGAGGCAGUGGAUGAAACGGGUUUCAUCAUCAAGAACUGCCUGUCGUUGCCUAUCGUCAACAAAAAGGAAGAAAUUGUAGGAAUCGCUACUUUCUUCAACAGGAAAGACGGAAAACCCUUCGACGAAUACGAUGAGCAGAUUACCGAGGCCCUGACCCAGUUCCUGGGCUGGUCCGUGCUUAACUGUGACACCUAUGACAGACUCAACCGCAUGGAGCACAGGAAAGACAUCGCCCAGGAGAUGCUCAUGUACCAGACCAAGUGUACGGAUACUGAGAUGCAGUCCAUCCUGAACACCAAAGAAAAGUUUGAUAGCGAGCCUGAAGACUGCGACCAGAAAGAGAUGUACAAACUAUUGAGAGGAACCUGCCCACCGGCAGACAACAUCAACGGCGAGAACCUGUACAACUUCGGCUUCAGCGAUUUCCCGGUCUCCGAGUUUGACCUCAUCAAAGCCGGCAUUCGCAUGUUUUUCGAACUCGGAGUGGUUGAAAAGUUUAAAGUUCCAGCCGAGACGCUCACUCGCUGGAUGUACACGGUGAGGAAGGGUUACCGAUCCAUUACCUACCACAACUGGCGGCACGGUUUCAACGUGGGUCACACCAUGUUUUGCCUGCUCCAGACAGGGAGGCUGAGGAAGUACUAUUCUGAUCUGGAUGCCUUCGCCAUGGUUGCCGCUGCGUUCUGUCACGAUAUUGACCACAGAGGCACCAACAACCUAUACCAGACAAAGAGUGCAUCUCCUCUGGCCAAACUUCACGGCUCGUCGAUUAUGGAAAGGCACCACUUGGAAUUUAGCAAAACCCUGAUGGGCGACGAGAGUCUGAACAUCUUCUGCAACCUUCAGAAGCGUCAGUUUGAGACCGUGCAGCACUUGUUUGACGUCUGCAUCAUUGCAACUGAUUUGGCACUUUACUUCAAAAAAAGAACCAUGUUCCAGAACAUUGUGAACGCCACCGAGCCAAUGACGGACGAAAAAGAGGCAACGGCGUAUGUUUCUAACAACCCCAUCAGAAAGGAGAUUAUCAUGGCGAUGAUGAUGACCGGCUGUGACCUGUCAGCCAUCACCAAACCCUGGGAAGUGCAGAGCAAGGUGGCGCUGAUGGUCGCCGCUGAAUUCUGGGAGCAAGGAGAUCUGGAGAGAUCAGUUUUGGACCAGCAGCCAAUUCCCAUGAUGGACAGAAACUGCGCCGAACAGCUACCCAAGAUGCAGUGCGGUUUCAUUGACUUUGUGUGCUCAUUUGUGUACAAGGAGUUCUCCAGGUUCCACAAGGAGAUCCAGCCCAUGUUUGACGGCCUCAACAACAACCGCUCGCAUUGGAACGAGCUGGCCGAGGUGUACAACGCCAAAAUGAAGGCCAUCGAGGACCAGAAGAAGAAACUGGAAGAGGAGGAAGCCAGGAAAGCAGGUGGUGGAGAAGGGAAGUCAAAAACGUGUUCCGUCUGCUAACUUCCUCUGGAGAUAUGGACUGUUUCAGCCUUCGGCUCGGAGCCAUAGUACUUCCUGGUUAGGUCAAGUCCAACCUAGACCACUUGUAGUCUCCUAGACCUGCCUGAGGAGGGAAUAAUCACAAACGACGAAGAACACUGUGGGAAUUUAUUGAGGACAUGUUGGACGAUGGGAUGUUUCCCCUUCUUCGGACAGAAUCAACGGAUCUUGCAAUCAUCCAAACCCCGCCCCCCCCCCCCCACCUCUUCACGUAAUGUUGCUAGCCGGUUAGCGCAUUGUCUAGUUGCAUCGAGUUGCUGCUGUAUGGGCAGCGGCCAACCGUGCAUGAAGGGUGGGGUCAUUAUAAUAAUUAUACGAGUACAUUUUGUAAUCUUACAAGCAUUUUAUGAGGAAAAAAAUGUACGUUUAUGAGAUAGCGAAAAUAUAAUUUAAGGAAGUUGUAAUGUUGCGAGGAGAAACAAGAAUAUAUUUGUAACAAUAUAAUUUCAAUAACUUUUCAAGAAGGAAAAAUAAGUCUUGCAUUAAUUAACUAACUUGCAUUAAUUGUCCAAAAAAAAAAUUGUCAGACGACCGGACAAAACUCGUAACUUUAUGAGUGAGCUUACAAAAACGACAAAAAUGUUAAAAUAUAAAAAAUUUUCAACAUAAAAUCACAAUUUUACAUGAAUAUAUUUGUGAUAUUAUACGGAAAAAAACAUGCUAUCUACAAAAUAGUUGUCAUUGACAGAACCGGGAAAAAAUGUCACAAUUUAUUGAAAAUAAGAAAUUUCAUAAAUUUAAUAGAUAAAAAUCAUACAAGAAAAUUUUUUUGGGAAAAAAAAUUUUGAAAAUUUUUUUUUGAAAAAAAAUUUUUUGAAAAUUUUUUUUUAUCAUCAAAUCAUAAUAUUAUAAGGAGGGGGAAAAUAUAUUUUAAGUGAGAGAUCAACGCUAAUGUUAUAUCAAUCCAAAAAUUAUGCAUAAUUUCACUGAAUUGAGGAAUAAAAUGGAUUUGAGCUUCAGUAGAAAAAGUAGCAAAAGCUAGCAAAGCCUUAUCAAAAUGUACCGUGUUGAGAAUGUGACACAUCUACUGUAUGAGCACUAUCGAUUAGGCCAAAGCUCAAGAGUCCCCCCCCCCCCCCCCAAAAAAAAAUCUUUUUUUUUUUUUUAGCAACAAGCCUCCUCUUACACAACAUGUUCCCCGCUAAUCAAUGAGACAUCAAUCAAAGGUCUCUAAUCCUAUCAGCGCAGCUUUACAGCUACCUGAUUGAGGAGCCAAAAAGGUGCUCAAACAUGCACCCAGACGACAUCAUUUCACAACCCGAGACGCUUAUAUAUGUGUGUACUGUUUCAUGUUUUUUGUUUUCACGUACUCUUAUGUAUGGAUAACCGGUCAUGAGUUUGUGUGUAAUAAGCAAAUAAAACGUCUCCACGGAGUUGAACGUGAUCAGCUGUGUUUGUUUUUAUCGUACACUAACCAAAAAAGGUGCGCUUGGUCGCACACACCUGAAGGUUAGACAAAGAGUGAACUUGGGCAACCCGCCACAAGGCUUAACGGCAACAAGCGCACUUCCUUUUUAGUCACAUAUCGUGCAAGGAUCUUUCAGGCUCCAAAGCUGGAUGAGCCUCGCAGGAAAAGAGGAUAAGGGGAUUGCUUCUGAUCCCCCCCCAUCCACCCCCCCACCCCGUCCAAUUCAACCGUGUCUGGAUCUGUUCGACAUCCCGACGCUCUCGCCGUCUUUAUGGACGUAAAAGUGGCUUUGUGCUUGUCGAGUCACCGACACCUAUCACUGAAACACGGACUUUCUUUCAAAAAAACAUUUUCAAAAUGCUCAAAAAAAAGGGGAAGAAAAUUCAAUAAGUAAUUUAAUAAUAAUUAAACCAGCAUGUAAUUUUACCAAAAAAAUUUUUUAUUUAGGUUAUAAUAACACAAGACAAAAAUUGUCAUUUUUCAAGAAAAAAUCAACAUUUUUUUAACCCUCCUUAUUUGGAGGUUAGCUUGAAUUUUUUAUUAUUUUUCCCCUGCCCUGUCCUCGUAUUUUCCCCCUUAUUUACCCUGCUGAUUACACAAUUUUGCUUGUACUUCUGUUGUUAAUAACAACAAUAAAACCAGCAUGUAAUUUUACCAAUUUUUUUUUUUCAUUUAGGUUGUAAUAACACAAGACAAAGUUGUCAUUUUUCAAGAAAAAAUCAACAUUUUUUUUAACCCUCCUUAUUUGGAGGUUAGCUUGAAAUUUUUAUUAUUUUUCCCCUGCCCUGUCCGAGUGUUUUCCCCCUUAUUUAUCCUGAUGAUUACACAAUUUCGCUUGUACUUCUAGAAUAAAGGCUUGUUCAGAACCAUUUUCUGCUCAAAAAAAGAAGGAAGAACGUCAUUCAAAACUAAGAUUAUAAUGUUAAUAACAACAAUAAAACCAGCAUGUAAUUUUACGAAAACAAUUUUUUCAUUUAGGUUGUAAUAACACAAGAAAAAGUUGUCAUUUUUCAAGAAAAAAAAUCUACAUUUUUUUAACCCUCCUUAUUUGGAGGUUAGCUUGAAAUUUUUAUUAUUUUUCCCCUGCCCUGUCCGAGUGUUUUUCCCCUUAUUUAUCCUGAUGAUUACACAAUUUCGCUUGUACUUCUGUUGUUAAUAACAACAAUAAAACCAGCAUGUAGUUUUACCAAAACAAUUUUUUCAUUUAGGUUGUAAUAACACAAGACAAAGUUGUCAUUUUUCAAGAAAAAAAUCAA